UUCCCUGCUAGGCAAUUGGGAGAAAAGCUGUUUGUUGCGUAGUAAUGACUGUCUGUGUCUACUUCCUUCCUGCUUUUUGUAGUAGCCUACACUAAGCAAACAACAGCCUAGUAGCCUACUACGCCGAAGCGAGGUGUUGAAGAACUCAAAGGGUCAUAAGAGCAAGUAUUUUGGACACGCAGCGGGAGAAAAAGUUAAUUUCUGGGAGAACUGGCCUUCCUUUUUUGCCUGUCCGGAAAUAAGAAGAUUGCGUGUUGUGUGAAGUUCGCUCAACAGGUAUUGAAUGUUCUGAGACGCGCUGGAUAGCUGUGCUCUGUACACAUUCUCAUCGGCUUUGAUGGUUGGUCGGACAGCCACCCGUUCGAUAUUUCAGAACUCAUAGAGCGGUUUCUAUUACGACGAGGUGUCUGUUAGUACAAGAAGAUUCAGCAGGAAAUUCCACCUCUCUUUUCACAUACCCCACCAAAUGCUAUGGUGGUGUGUAGAUGCCAGAGCACCAACCAGGACUAGAGCUAGAUGGGAGAACAUACUGACAGUACGAGUCUGAUACUAUGGCUGCUUAUGCCCUGAGCAGUCUGAUUAUGAUGAAUAGCAACAAUCUGAAGAGUGAGAGCAGCCCUCGGACUGGGAGGCCUGUGCUCCCUGUGCCAGACCGCUCCACCUACUGCAAACUCCUGGUGACUGGGGGCCCCUACAGCCCUGGCAGCCUGAGUCCUGGCUCCCCUGGGGGCUCCUUCGUCUUUCCCCCCUCUCCAGGCCCCAGCAGCCCCAGGGCCCGCUCCCCUUGCCGCCACCCUGAUACACUGGGGGUGAUUGUGGGCAACCGUGUCCGCCGACUCAGCAGCAACGGAGAUGAUGAGGCCCCAAACGGGGAGGUGAAGCGCACAGUGCAGCUCCUGCAGAUCCACCGGGAGCUCCUGAAUGUGGAGGUCAACAAGAAGGUGGGUCUGUUCGAGGCCCAGAUCUCUGGCCUGCGCACCCAAGUUCAGAACGCUGAGAUCCAGCGCAGUCCUAGGGCCCCGCGCAGAACCGGCCCAGCCUCCCAGCCCAGUCAGCCCACACAGGUGCCCACACUCAACUCCCCAUUGAGAGACUGCUCUCCAAGCAUUCCCAAGGAACUCCAGAAUGGGAAAUUAUGUCUCCGCUCGGAGCAGGGAGUAACGGGGAAUGGCAGAAUAGAAAAUAGCACGGCUGACCCAAAUACAGAACAGGGAAGUCUGCUUGUGAAGAAAUCAGCAGGAACCUGGUCCCAAGCUGACAGUUCAGCAAGCAGUCACUCCCCAAGUUCACUGAGGAUUGGCAGCUUCUUGGCAGGCAGUGACAGUGAGCACCCUGUGGAGAGGGCCCAGACCUGCAUGACAAAGGCAGGAAUGGAGCCAAUGGAAAUCCAGCUGCAAGCAGCCUCGGCAUGGGCUGACAGAGAGGGGAGCUGCCCAGAUGUGGGGACCACCAUUCCAGCCGUCAUAGUAACGGACCACGGGAUGGAGGCCCAGGGAGAAGGCUGUGAUCUGAGCAGCGAGCCCCAGCACAGCCCCAGAUCAUCCCGAGCCCUGAGGAAGCUGUCCUCCUCCUCAGCCUCUUCCACAGGCUUCUCCUCCUCCUGGGAGGAAUCAGAGGACGACAUCUCCAGCGACCCGGAGAGAGCCGAGGGACUGUCACCUGCCCUCCUUAACACCCAGCAGAAAGCUCACAAGUCAUGGAAGAAGAUCAAGAACAUGGUCCACUGGUCUCCGUUCGUCAUGUCCUUCAAGAAGAAGUACCCUUGGAUCCAGCUGGCAGGUCAUGCAGGCAGUUUCAAGGCGGGGGCUAACGGGCGGAUCCUGAAGAAGCACUGUGACUGUGAGCAGCGCUGCCUAGACUGGCUGAUGAAUGACGUGCUGCGGCCCUACGUACCGGCCUACCACGGAGACGUGGAGAAGGACGGGGAGAAGUACAACCAGAUGGACGACCUGCUCUCUGAGUUCGACCUGCCCUGCGUCAUGGACUGCAAGAUGGGCGUCAGGACAUACUUGGAAGAGGAGCUGGCCAAGGCCCGUAAAAAGCCCAGUCUAAGGAAGGACAUGUACCAGAAGAUGGUGGAGGUUGACCCCCUGGCGCCCACACCGGAGGAGCAGGAGCAGCAGGCGGUCACCAAGCCUCGCUACAUGAAGUGGAGAGAGACCAUCAGCUCCACCGCUACACUAGGCUUCCGCAUCGAGGGCAUCAAGAAGGAAGACGGGACGGUAAACAGAGACUUUAAAAAGACCAGGAGCAGGGAGCAAGUGACAGAGGCAUUCACUGACUUUGUCAAAGGAAACCAGAACAUCCUGAACUGUUAUCUGGACAGACUGAAGGAAAUCAUGAACACUCUGGAAAUAUCAACCUUCUUCAAGACCCACGAGGUGAUUGGCAGUUCACUGUUGUUCGUCCACGACAAGCGGGAGCAGGCCAAGGUGUGGAUGAUAGACUUUGGGAAGACCACCCCUCUGCCUGAGGGACAGGUCCUGAGUCACAGAGCCACCUGGGAGGAAGGCAACCGUGAGGACGGCUAUCUCUAUGGCCUGGACCACCUUAUAGACAUUCUCACCCAAAUGGUGGUGACCCCAGAGCCAGACUCACUCUGAGAGGACCGUCCUGUCACCUCUGUCAACCCCUCCCCACAUCGACCCUACCCCCCCUGACAGGACCACCACCUCGCACUACAGUGACGCCUCUGGUGUCCCCAAAAAAGCUACCCCAUCUCUCUGUCCCUCCCUUAUUCCCACUCUCCCUGGCCCCAGAAAACAAACUGUAACCACACAAGUGAAAUGUGAUCACUGUUUUGUGUAAACUUGUAGAUUCUGUACAUACUGCUGUACAGUGUGUUUCUGUUCUGAUGAGAUCAUGGGUUAGGUUCUUUGUCUGCAGCUAGUCCCGUGACAAGCCUUCUUGAGAUUUUAGUUGGUUUUGUUUAAUGAGGGUUCUUUAAAAAAAAAUAUUUUAGUGUUAGCUAACAUUGUAGAGCACUUCUUGCUUUCAUAGAGGAUUACAUUUCUUAUGAGUUACAACUUCUAUGGUGCUUGGCCUUGUGGUGAAAGAGAGACCAUUGAAAUAGUUAUAUUCAGCAGUCGGGCACUUCCUGUGUUUUUAAACUAACAUACAAUUUAACAUUGACAGAAAAUGUCAAGGGUUAAUAUUACCCUUUUUAGCUGAUAGGAUUGCCAUAUUCCAUUUCCUUUAUAUGACUGUAUUUGUGACCCCCUUUCCAGAAUUCUCCAAUGUUUAUAAUUAGUUUGUUUCUCAUUGUGUUACAAAAGCUAUUGUAAUAGUGCACUUGAGACGGUGUGCCGUGAUGUGCCUGUCUAUAUUCAUUUCAGUGCCUUCAGAGUGAAAGUAGAGAAGGUUGCAUGAGUAGAUUGCCCUCCGAUAUGCACUAAAGAACCUAUUUUAUUAAGGCUAAUGUUGACAUUCCUGGAAUCAACCAUUGAGGAGUGACUAUCAGCUCAGAGGUAAAUGUACAUGAAGCAGAGGGAGUAGGCCACUGCCUGGUCUCUAACAGGAAGUGGCCCUUAACCAAGUGAGAAUGAGUUUGCAUUCUAAAUAUUCCAAGUUCUUCAGCCAUUCAGAACACUUAAAAAGACCAGGUUUUAUUCUCUUAUUGUCAUGAUUCCCUUAGUCAGAGAUGGCAUCACCUGUGAUACUCUGUCAUUAACGUAUAUGGCCUAGCAUUGUACACCCAUAAUAAUCACUGCUCUUGAAUGAACCCAUCCCAUCCUGUUUUCCAAGGAACCUGUUCUUGAGGGGAGUUUGUUUAUUGUGCACAAGGCAGCUUGUGAUUGCUGUUUGCAUGGCUAUUUGCUAUUCAAAUCUACCAUUCCUGCCUCUUGCCCAAACAUCCUGAGGUGGCAAACAAAACUAAUGGGAUUUCUGUCUAUUGGCUAGCAGGUUUAUAAACAGGGAGACACUGUCAUCAUUGUCUGAUUGUAUUGAAUUAGCAAUAAGUCAUGUUUUGGUGACAAUCACACACGCAUGACAUGGACCAUAGAAAGAGUGACUGACAUUGUAUGGUAGGUUUUUUUAAUGGCAUUUAAUACCAUUUUUUAUAUGUUGUUUAGCUUACGUUAAUCAUUUAAUAGUAAUUUCCCUUUAAUAACCAUAUUAGAUACAAUAUGCUCAGUUAUGAGAGUGAAGUGAGGGUGUCCUUGUUUUGUAAUGACUGCUCUCUCACCUUUAUCUGAGGGACUGAGAGGGGUGUGGUGUGGUGUGUUAGAAUGGCAAACAUAAUGUCCCAAGGAAACAGGGCUCACUUCUCCAAGGCCUUCAAUUGGUUGAGGCAGAUGAUCCUAGCAGGACAAAAUAGACAAAUAAUUUUGACCAAUACUCUAGGUGUCAAACUUGUCUUGUCUCUGAGUGCCAUCAAACUACUUUACCGAUGUAGGAUAACCAUCAACUUGACACUUAAAAACAGGAAUUCAGUUGGUAAAUUGAGAGUGAAACUAUAGGCCAACUGCAUUAGACCAGAAAGCACAGACAUAAAGAGUGGAGUGCCCUCUGCUGUUACUGAAUUGUAUUACACUGAGCAGCAUAAAACAAAUGACAUGGGUGUAUUUUACAGAAACACAUUUUGACUUUGAUUUAAAAAUGUUGCCUUCAUUCUCUUACUUCAAUAUUUCUGGAGUACCUUCUUUCAAAUCCCUACUUUGUCAUUGUGCUUGUAGUUUUUGUGUAGUCUCUUAGAAUGAUGUACUCAUGACCAUAUUUAUUUCUUUGUGACACUUGCACAAGAACACUAAAUGUAGCUAGCUGCAUGUGAUUUAAUUUUUUUACAAUCCUGUCAUUUUGCUUCAACUCAGUCAUGAUAUAAUCAUUUAGUAGGUCACUGUAACAUAGGCCCGACUCACUGCUUCUUACAAUGUGUAAAUCAUACUGUAUGUUUUAGAGAUGAACAAGAAGUCUGUGUUCUGUGCACUCUACCAGGUGUUCUUUGUGCCUAUGAUCUGUGAGACCUAGUUUCGGGCUAUGCUGGCCACAGAGUGGUUUGUUGACAUGGAGAUUGUCAUAGCAAUGUCAUCUGUCAUCCCGGUCCAGGUUGACAUGAUUGUGUCCUUCGUCUCCUCGCCUUGUGCUGUGACACUGUGGGGAUGUUGUGAUUGAUAUACACACACUGUGCCUUUAGGUCCUCUGGUCAUUGUGCUGUCAUUACCCAUGAAUCUUCUUAUGUAAAUCAUGCCAUCAUAUCAAUACUGCAAGCAAAACUACCCACUGGGCACACACUGGUUGAAUCAACUUUGUUUCCACGUCAUUUCAAUGAAAUGACGUUGAACCAACGUGGAAUAGACGUUGAAUUGACGUCUGCCCAGUGGGUAUGCUUGGCUGUACAAUUUUACCGUAGUAAAUUUGAACGGAGUGGUUUAAAUGCUA